UGUCGUAAAGUGUCGUAACCGCCCUCGCACACGGCUGCUACAUUUGGAUUUGUCCAUUUUGGGGAGGAAAGCCUGCAACGGGAUUGGGAAUAACAAUGGCAGAUGAGGACACUUUACCAUCGGGCUGGGAGAAAAGAAUGAGCCGCAGCUCAGGCAAGGUGUAUUAUUUCAACCACAUCACCAACGCCAGCCAAUGGGAACGACCUGCAGGUGGAGACGGCCACGGAGAGCCAGAUAAGGUCCGCUGCUCGCACCUCCUGGUCAAGCACAACCAGUCCCGUCGGCCAUCUUCCUGGCGGGAGCAGAACAUCACGCGAUCCAAAGACGAGGCUCUCGAUCUCAUUCAGAACUAUAUUGAGCGGAUCAAGUCGGAAGAGGAGAAGUUUGAGAACUUAGCGUCUCAGUUCAGCGACUGCAGUUCAGCCAAGAACGGUGGCGACUUGGGACUCUUUGGCAGAGGUCAGAUGCAGAAGCCUUUCGAAGACGCCUCGUUUGCACUCAAGAUUGGCGAGAUGAGCGGCCCAGUUUUUACCGACUCUGGAGUGCACAUCAUCCUGCGCACUGGCUGACGCCCGUGCGCACACAUACACACACCCACACACACACACACACAUUGUACGCAACCAAGCUUUAUCACAAAGGUUAAAAUAGGUAACCCCAAACCUAAUAUUUAAAAAAAUAAAAAAAUAAAUAAAUUAACAGGAUAGAGCGCAGAUGACUGAAUGUGCAUGUCGUCAAAAUAAAAGCACGUCUUUGAAAAAUGACAAUUUAAUUUCACUCCCCCACGUCAUGGAAGCUUUACUGCAUAACAAAAAAUGGUCAAAGACGUGACCGCUUUUAAAAGCUUCACCAUUCAUGUGAACUGCCGAGCUGUCAAAAUAAAAGUCCUUUUUUUUUUUUUUU